AUGCCUAAUCUGUCCGCUGAUCAAUACACUCGUCUCCUCGCUGCCCUUGAUGAUUCCACUGCCCCAUCAUCGUCUUCUCCUCAAGUUCACGCCGUCUCUAGUGAUGCCUUCGCUCAAGGACUUGGUUUCAAAAGCGAUGAUUGGUGUGGCAUCCGUACUGACAAUGGCGGGGAAUUUUAUUCUCUUCGCAAUUUUUUCGCUGACCAUGGGGUUGUUUUCCAAACUUCUUGUGUUUACACACCCGAGCAAAAUGGCGUUGUUGAAUGCAAGCACAGACACCUUUUUGAAAUCGCUCGGGCCUUUCGGUUUCAAUCACACCUUCCCCUCAAGUUUUGGGGCGAAUGUGUUCUUACUGCUGCCUAUACCAUCAAUCUUCUUCCUACCCGCCUUGUCAAUAACAAAACACCUUUCGAGGUCCUCCACAAUAAACCUCCGCUUUAUGCUCACUUCCGUGUUUUCGGUUGUCUAGCCUAUGCCACCUCUGUUCUUCCUCCCACUAAGUUCUUUCCUAGGGCUCAUCGUUGUCUCUUCAUUGGUUACCCUGCUGGCCAAAAGGCUUACAAACUCUAUGACCUUGACACACAUCGCACCUUCACUAGUCGGGAUGUCAUCUUCCAUGAGGACUCGUUUCCUUUUGCUUCCCCUCCCACUCCACCUGGCCCUACACCACCGGCCCCCGUUAUUCCACCGCUCCUUGACACCUGUCUUCCCACCACCCUGCCUGCUCCUAUUUCACCACCCACGUCUCCAACAGCUCCUCCACCACAUCCUGCCACCUUACCACUCGUGCCCUCUGCUGCACCCAAUCAGCCUACUCGUGUGUCUUCCCGUUCUCUCAACUGUACGCAGUAUCUCCUCUGUGAUUAUGUUUCUUACCACCGCUUAUCUCCACAGCAUCUUUCAUAUAUCUACUCUGUGAGGCGAGGUGUCGAACCAUCUUCUUUUGCAGAAGCUGCUAGUGAUCCUAACUGGGGCCAUGCUAUGAAUGAGGAGCUGGAUGCCUUGCAUGCCAACCGUACUUGGACCCUAACUACCUUGCCCCCCGGUGAAGUUCCCAUUGAUUGUAAAUGGGUGUAUAAGCUCAAGCAUAAUUCCGAUGGUUCCAUCGAGUGUUACAAAGCCCGUUUGGUUGCCAAAGGUUUUAACCAGGCCACAGGUAUCGAUUAUCAUGACACUUUUUCCCUUACUGCUAAGAUGAUCAUUGUACGCUAUUUUCUUGCCCUAACUGCUAGUCAGUCUUGGUCCCUUCACCAACUCGACAUCAGUAAUGCUUUCUUGCAUGGUGAUUUAGAUGAGGAAAUCUAUAUGUCUCCUCCUCCUGGUCUUUGGCGACAGGGGGAGAAUCUUGUGUGUCGCCUCCACAAGUCUCUUUAUGGUCUCAAGCAGGCUUCUCGCCAAUGGUUUGCCAAGUUUACUAGUGCCAUUCUUUCUGCUGGGUUUCAACAAUCUAAGGCUGACUAUUCAUUGUUUACGAAAAAUUCAGGUACCUCUUUUACAACCUUGCUCAUUUAUGUGGAUGAUAUUGUGAUAACAGGCAAUGAUGUGCGUGCAAUUGAUUCUCUAAAACUUCUUCUCUAUGAUCACUUUUGGAUUAAGGAUCUUGGCGAUUUAAAGUACUUUUUGGGUAUCGAGGUUUCUCGGUCUAAACGUGGCGUCUAUAUUUCUCAACGUAAAUAUGCAUUAGAGAUUCUCAAAGAUUAUGGCUUCCUGGGAGCCCGACCCAUUGCAUUUCCUAUGGACGAUACAAAAUUAUUUGAUAAAGGGGAACUCCUCAAGGAUCUUGAAAAGUAUUGGCGUCUAGUAGGACAGUUAAUUUAUCUCACAAUAACUCGGCCGGAUAUCACCUAUUCUGUACAUGUUCUAAGUCGGUUUAUGCAUGAGCCGCGUACUCCACAUAUGGAUGCUGCACUUCGAAUCGUUCGUUAUUUGAAGUCGACUCCGGGUCAAGGCUUACUAUUCCGUUCUGACAAUCAAAUCAAGUUGACUGUUUUUUGUGAUUCUGAUUGGGCGGGUUGUCCUAUUACUCGUCGCUCGACUACCGGCUACUGUGUUUUCUUGGGAAAUUCUUUGAUUUCAUGGUGGACAAAGCGGCAGAAAACUGUUUCACUUUCUUCUGCUGAAGCGGAAUAUAGAGCUAUGUCAGGUGCUUGUUGUGAGAUAAUUUGGCUACGUUUUCUAUUGAAGGACUUGAACAUUCCCUUAAUUGGUCCAUUUGAUCUAUUUUGUGAUAACCAAGCAGCAUUACAUAUUGCCGCCAACCCUGUUUUUCAUGAGCGUACUCACCACAUCGAGAUGGAUUGUCAUUUUAUACGUGAUAAAAUUGUUGAUGGCACUAUAACUACCAAGUAUGUUGGUACGGCACAUCAGUUGGCGGACCUGUUUACGAAACCUCUUGGAAAGGAGAAAUUUUCGACUAUAUUACGCAAGUUGGGCAUUCUUGACAUCCACUCUCCAACUUGA